AUGGGAAAAACAACUCCUGGCUUUUCAUUGACACCUUCACGCACCACUCCAUUCUCACCUGCAAGCACCUUCGAAGCAAAGCCUGGUUCUCCAACCAGCGAAACAGUGACUCCUCCUGUUUCUCAGGCUGUUAAUUUUACUGAAACCUCUCUUAGCAAAGAGAGCGUGGCUUUCACUGCUACAACUGCUUCGCUCACUCUCACAGAUGAUGGGAGUACUCCCUUUACUCCAACCACUGGCACUGCAACAAACAUCUCUUCAGCUCUCCCAAACACCACCUCAAUAGAUAACAAGGCAAUAAAAUCAGUCUUCAAUGAUACUACAAUAACUUUAUCUUGGGACACUGCUGAUAAUUGUUCAUUGAACUAUUCAUACUGUUGCUUCCAAAAUGGUCAUACGUGUAGUCCCAUUCAACAUGACAAGAAUAAGCAUCAGUUUCAAGUGUUAGCCAACACAAACUACACAUGCAAUUCAUCGAUUGAAGUAUCAAGAUUUGUUGGCAAAUCAGUAUAUGAUAUACGUAACAUAAAAACGGACUAUGGAAAGCCAGAUACACCUGAAAACUGUUCACCAAAGUCAACUGAAGAAAGUAUAAACAUUAAUUGGAGUGCACCGCAAAACGAGACAAAUGGCCCUAUUCAUGGUUAUAUAAUCAAUAUAAUGAAUAUUAAAACUGGUG